AUGUCUACAUAUCGCAGGCUUUCUCGCUCCCCAUUGCCGCAGCACGACAUUCUCAUCACUUCCCUCGGGCCAGCGUCGCCUGAUGCUCUGUACUUCUCGUCUGCUUUCAGCACACUAGAGGGAGUCGAAGCUCUAAUACGAGAAGACACGCCGCAAAAACAUCUAGACUUGGGCCUCAGAGCAGCCUACGCUUCUAGCCGUGCAGAUGUAGGCAAAAAGUUACUACAGCACGGAGCCAACAGCAAGCCUCUAGUAGCUUUCAUCGGCACGGCAGCCGCCCAAGAGUUCUUUAACAAACCUAUGACCGCGUCUUGGGCUUCAGAACAGGAGAAGAACAGUUUGCGUCUACAAUGGACCUCACUACAGCCAAAAAAUAAAACUGCUCUCGUUGCCGUCGAGGGCUUCGACGAACCGGCACCAAGCAUACUCCAUCUUCAAGCAUUGCAUACCUCCAUGUCACCCGCUCAACGUAUUGCCUGGAUGCAGUUUGAUCUUGAUCGCGCAGCUCCCAGCUCUAACAUCAACCGGCUUGCUGACAUCCGGAAUGUCCAAGGUACACCACUUCUUUGGGCGGUCGAGGAGCACGGUUCCCCAUGGGAGAAUCGAAAGGUGCUCACGUUCUUGCUGGAGAACGGGGCGGAUCCGCUUAUCAAGGAUCGCGAGGGCAGGACUCCUAGAGACUACGUCGUGGAGAUGUUGGCCAUGCCAGAGGAGGAUUUAGCGGAGAGCAUGCGUGAGUUCUAUAAGUUUGCUUUGAGCGCCUUAGAGGGAGCGGAGGCAUCAGCUUCAGAGAAUAUUGCCAAAGGGAACGGCUUCCUGGGGAAAAUGAAGGGCGCUUUGGGAUAUUGA